AUGUAUAAUCAACAAUAUAAUCAGCAGCAGCAACAGCAGCAGCAGUAUGCUCAACAGUUACAGCAGCAACAACAACAGCAACAACAACAAUAUUAUAAUCAACAACAAUAUUAUAACCAGCAACCCCAACAGCAAUACUAUAACCAACAACAGCAACCCCAACAACAACAACAACAACAAUAUUAUAACCAACCUCAACAACAAUAUAAUCAACAACAACAACCUCAACAAAAUGGACAACAAUUCUAUAACCAGAUGAUGUACAGUCAACAACAACAAAACUAUCCUUAUAAUCAACCACAAUAUUAUCAACAGCAACAGCAACAGCAACCACAAGGACAGCAAUAUGGAACAUUUGAUAGACCACAGCAACAACAGCCACAACAACAACAACAAGCUAAUCCAUUGUUACAGUAUUUUCCUGAACUUGCACCUAAACCACAAGCUCCUCCUUCUAUGGACAAUGGGUUACUGCAACCAAUAUCAGGUAGUUCACAAACAACUGGUGCAACAAGAGCUGGUGUACCAAAUUACGAUAUUCUAAGAGAACUAGAUAAAGACAAUGAAGUAGUUGAUAAACCAUUAGAGAUUUUACAAUCUCCAUCAUCAAAUAGUGUUGAAAAGAAAUCAUUAUCUUCUGGAGCUCCACAACAACCUUCUACUACUACUAGUAGUGGUGCAAGUGUUGAAUCACCCAAUUUAGUAUCUCAACAACCUGUUGCUCAACCACCUACUACUCAACCGCCUACUGCUCAACAACAACAACAAACUCCACCAUCAAACCCACAAUUACAACAUAUGCAACAACAAUUACUUCAACAAUUACAAACUCAAUCUCCACAAGAAAUUCAACAGAGAUUGAUGCAAUUACAACAAAUGAUGUAUCAACAUCAACAAAUGAUGAUAAAGAAUCAACAACAGAUGAAUCCACAACAACAAAAGGGUUUCCAACAACAAUUGGUCAUGAUGAAUCAUCAACAACAAUUUGUACAACAAUAUUUGUAUAAUUUACAACAAACUGGUCAACAUCCACAAGUUCCACAAGUUCAACAACAACAACAACAAGUUCAACAACAAACACAAACUAAUCAACCAACUAGUGGUGAACAAUUUGGAGAUUUUAAUCAAACUGCUCAAGCAUCUACAAAUGAUGAAUUUGGUGAUUUUGAAGAUUCAUCAAUUAAUCAACAACAACAACAACCCGAAAUUAAACCAACUAUUACUAUACCAAUUCAAGUUCAACCAAAUAUGUUGUCUAGUAUUACUACUGCACUAUCCGAAAAACCAAAAGAACAGACACAAGUUGAUCAACAACAAGAGGAUGAUGGAAAGAUUGAUUUAGAACAAAUGAUGAAAGAAUCUUUAAGACUUGCUGGUAUUCAACGUCAACCAUCGUCAACUAUACAACUAAAUACCAAUAACAACAACAAUUCAACAGGAAAUUCAACCAUUUGGUCAGGUGAUAAAUAUAAACAAAUAUUUGAUAAUGUUGAAAAGGAAGUCGAUUUCUUUUCAUUACCAACUGGAAGCUCUGUUGUACCUGAACCACCAAAAGUAACAGCUGAUCCAGCUGUUCUUCCAGCAGCUGUUCUUCCAACAACCAAUGCAAAUUUUGGAGAUUUUAAUCAACCCUCUUCUUCUAGUACUCAGGUCGAUGAAUUUGGAGAUUUUGAAGAUUCAUCAUUUGCACGACCAAUUAGUGCAGGUACUAGUAGUUUUACACUUCCAUCAACACCAGUAUUGGCCAAACAACCAUCUACAUCAACACUUAAUCUUAGUAUGCAAUUUAAUGAAGCUGCUUCAACCGUGUUUAAAGAAAACAUUCCCUAUCCAUCACCAACUAAAAAGGAUGUAUUUGAGGAAAUCAUGUCACCACCAAUCAAUCAAUUCAACCCACAAGAGCUUGUACCCAACCCAAUCACAGUCUCUACAUCCUCUGCUUCUCCAUUAUCAAUCACUCCAAAUAAUGCAGGACUCAAACCUCCCACCUCCACUGGCGGAGCAGGUCUUCCCUCAUUGUUAAUGAAAUCAACCAAUUCAUCACCAGCUGGUGGAUUUAGUGCAUCUUCUUCACCUUCAUCAUCUGUCACUAAACAACAACAACAAUCAUCUUCACCUUCAUCGACAGUUACUAAAACAAUACUUACUGUUCCACUUCCACCAUCAGUUUCUUCACCAUCUGUUUCACUUACACCUCCACCACUUAGAAAACAAUCAUCUAUUCCACCUCCUAUCAUUGUUCCAGCAAAUGUUAACAAUGUUACAUCGACGACAAAACCUUUAAAGAAUGAUUUUGAGAGUCUUUUGGAUGUUGAUUUUAGUUCUAGUCCAUCUAGUACUGUAAACUUUGGAGAUAUGUUGGUUCCAUCAUCACAGACUAGUGACAAAUCAACUGCUGCAACCAUUGCCACUUCAACUUCAACAAAGGCAGAUGAAUUCCAAGAUUUCUCUGAUUUCCAAGAGGUCGAUUCAAAUGAUGGAUUUAAUAAUUUUGUUGUAGAUUCUCCCAUGACCUCUAUACCCAACCAACCAACAAAUAACAUAAUAACAAACAAACCAACAACAACAACUAAUAAUAAUGAUUUAUUUAAUGAUUUUAGUUUUUCAACUUUACAACCAACUAAAGUAGCUACAACAUCAUCAUCAUACAAAGCAGCACCAAAAUCAACCAUACCAAGUGAUUUUAAUUUUGGUGAACCAUUGACACCAGUAGUGAAAAAAGAAACAAAUAGUAAUGUUGAAUUAUUACAAGAUAUUUCCAAAUCAUUGAUUGGACAAGAACGUUUGGAAGAGGCAUUGGCAUGUCAAGCUAUUAUCAAGAGUAAUCCAAAGGAACUUGGUGAGGAUGUACAAGGUCAAAUUGCUCAUUGGACAGGACCUGCUGACAAGACUCAUCGUACCAUUGAAGAGAUGAAGAAACAAUUGGUAGACAGAAAAAUACCAACUGAAAAGAUUGAAAUCUUUUUCUCACAAUUUGAUUAUCAAUCUCUUUCCAACAUGGCAAAUGUAGAUAUAUCAGUGGCAAUUGAAUUACAAAACAAAUCAAAAAACUUUGUACAAAAAUUAAUUAAUGAAAAUCAACAAAAUAAUCAAAAUAAUAAUAUUACACCAAUUGUAAAAGAAGUUAAAUCUCAAUAUCCAACAACAACAACAAAACCUAUAACUGCAAGUGUAAAUCCAGAUAUAUCAAAAGUUACAUUAGAAUAUUGUUUACAAGAAUUGGAAGAGUCAACUUCGACCAUUGAAUUUAUCAAAUCACAAGACAAGGCAACCUACCAAAAGAUAGUACAAUCACAAAAAUUCAAAGACUUUUUAUUGUCUCUGUCAGAGAUUUAUUCAGUUGCCUAUAAUAUCAUCCAAACGCAACAACAACAACCAUCAAUGGCUGUCAGAUCACCUGUUGCCUCAAUCAUCAAUGACAAGUGGUCCAAAGUAUUGUUGCCACUUUUGGCCGAAUGCGAUCUACCCCACUUCACACCCAUCACCACAAAGAAUGCAUCGGCCUCGUCAUCGUCGUCUAGUUAUUGUCAUAUUUGUGGUAAACAUUUUGAUCAAUUGGAUAACUCUAGUACUCAUACCAACAGUACUAAUCAUCAUACCUUUCAUAUCAAAUGUGCCAAUUUCUGGGUAAAUGUUAUUGAUAUUAAUUUACCAUAA